AGCGGCAACCUUGCAGAUCCGCCAAUGGUGGUCGCAGGAGUUUGCCUGUCGCCGUCAUGUUCAGAAAACUUUGGUCCAAAGAUGGUGAAGCUUUUACUUCACACGAAGAGGCUGCAGUGAUCAGGUUGGCUUCGGCUCACAGUCGCCUGGUUGUGGAGGGUGGCCGUGUCAACACAAAGAGUGAGGCUGGGUUCAAUUCAUGCGCUUUAUUUUUGGAAUGCCUUGACGCAACCGAGAGAGCGAUGCACCUUGAUGCGGCGCCAAGAAAGUACCGGGCUUCUUUCACCAUCAACUAUCGAGCUCUUUUUCCAGACGAAGCUCGCAACUAUCGAGUAGAUGUUCUUGAAGCAAGUGUUGAGCAGUAUGCGGUUAUUUGGGUCAACGGGGAUAAGUUCGAGUUCAGCGCAGAAGCAAUGCGCCGUGCAGAGGCACUGCAGAGAUGCUGGGCUGACUUGGCUGUGCUACUUGAACGCUGGAACUCAGAGGCAAGAGCACACCGACCAGCAAGAUCAGAACUGCGCUCUGCACUUGUUGCAUUAGAUUCUGCAUGGGCCAGCUUUGAGCACAAGUACAUUAUGGAAUUGAUCGAAAUCGAAGAAAAGGCUAGAAGGCUUGUUGUGCAGGCCAUCGAGCGUGAAAGACAAUUGCACUUGAUAGAGGCGCGCAAUGUUCAACCUUUAUGUCAGCAAGUCGAGUACAAGGAGGAACUCCGGAGCUUUGUGGCCUGCAUCGCCCAUCUCAACUCUGUAGCAAAUGUUCGACGCAAGGGCAGAGAUGACUUGAGCAUGGAGGUAUUGCUGGAAGCAAUGCAAACGUUGUCGCGCUGCGAUGAUCAAGAGAAAGGUGGUGAGAAUUCGGAGAAGCUUGCAGCUGCGAGGAUCCUUGCCAAAGACGUCCUCGACUCUUUCACGGCUAUGCGAGAGUACCUUCGAGAGGUUGGACGUUGCCUGGAGCGAGUAGAUCCACAUUUAUGCAACAAUGUUGGCCUUGUUGCACGGUUAGUUGACUGGGAAGAGAGUUGGGAGGUUGGAACCCGCUAUGUGCAACAGGAGAAAAUGCUAACCGCUGAAAUUUCGCGUGAAGCGCCCGUUUUGGAGACUUUGACGUGUGACUUGGAGGAGGUCUGUGAUUUAGUUGCGGAGAUUCGGGCGGCUCAACGGAUAGCCCCAGCUUUGGCGCAAAUGUGUGAAGAGUGUGAUGUGGAAAUGUUCAUGGUGAUGCCUAGGCUUGCAUGGCUCAGGUUUUUGGACAGGCCAGAGCAGCUUCAGGGCCUUUUCAAAAGUCUCUUGCCGCACCGGUUUGACAUCAACCCCGAGACUGAGAAGCCCGUGGAUGCUGAACUUGAGGGCUUGAUGUGCAAGUUUGACGAAGCAAAGAACCUUUUGGUGGCCACGAUGAACAAAAAGCAAGGUGGCCAGCUCGAGAAAGAUCUGGAGGAUGCAACAUGGACACUGCUUGUGAAGCGGGUUGUGAACGGAGCGAACGGGGAGGACACAUACAAGUGGAUCGCUCCGAGCCUGCGAGAGCCUGCUGAGAAAGCUGUCGAGGACUUGAUGCGCGACCUGGAAGCAUGGAGCAUGGAACUGGCCAGGCAUUGUCCAGAGGACUGGAAUCAAUGCUGCGGUAUUUUGGUGCAAUGCCUCUCUGGCUCGGAAAAGGAAGCGAACAAAGCUCCGUUUCGAGUGUGAUUUGCCCGUGCGCAAACGCUCAUACUGAGCAGAACACUUCAAGGUGAAAUUACUAACAAUCGCAGAACCAGUGUCAAAAUAGAAUCCAUCAUCCAGUGAAUCCAGUGGUGUUGGUUGCAUGAUAUGACGGACUAAGUUUUUCACAAUCUCUGAAGGGCUCUCAGCCAUCAUAAGCUGUGUGCAGCCUUUCCAUGUGCCAUGAGCGAAGCUCUACCCACAUUUUGUUCAAGUCGCUGCACAAGAUCGUCUUUUUCCCAAAGGGAAAUUGACUCUUGAAUGUUUUAGGACUCAACCUGCGCGCAUAAUGCUUUAAUUAC